AUGCGGACCGCCGUAGCCUCGCAAACCAUAUACGAAUGGCUCCAUGAGCUUCUGGACUGGCCCUGGCCUGUAGGCAGCGCCGCCUCGGGAUUCCUGCUCUCCGUCACGGAGAGCCGCAGGACGGUUGGAGGCACCGAAUUUUUCGACAGCAUACCCAUUUCCGAAAUUUCGCGAUACGACACGAGGAUAGAGGAAAUAAGCGUGGACAUGGACCAUCUGGGAAUCGAGGAGAUCAAGGCACACAUUCUUCAUAACCACAUCAUGCCCCUCUCGCGCCCGGGCACGCCCAUGUCCGACUCGUCCCGCCUCACGGCCUCGGCCCUCGCCUAUAUCCGCAUGGAGGACAUCACCGCCGUCGUCACCGCCGUCAUCCUGCAGGCCCUUCCCAACCUGUCCAAGCUCUCGCGCUUGCUCAACGUGUGGAACAUUCGCAUCUCCGUUCUCCGCCACGUCCCCGACUUUUUGUCGGCCGUCGACGACGCCGAGGACCUGAGCUCUCUGGGCGGCGAUCUCGGCACCUUUACGACGCUGACCAAGAAGGAUUCGCAAAUCAUGCGCCUGGUUCUGGAGAAGAAGGGGCUCGACGAUACCCUGCCCGACGAGUGGCUGGACCGCAUGGAAUCCGUUGAGCGGGGAUAUAGUGACUGGGUCGCCGCGUGUGAUACCAAAAUCCGCGAAGCUGAAUGGGCUAGAAGCGCGGUUGAGCAGCGGAGAAGAUCCCUCAUACUCGCAAAGGAACACGGUGCGGCGGCCCAGUCGGCGUCUUUCAAGAAUGAGGAUGUCGUUCCUCGCGCACCGCUCUCGGCCGACGAGCUUGAACCCGAGCCUGAGCCCGAGUCCGAAUCCGAAUCUGAAUCCGAACCCAAGCCCGAGCCCACACUGCAAGACGCCGCAUCUGCGCCGAGCGUGCAAGCAACUACUGUUGAACGUGCUCCCGAGCAUGAUCGCCCGUCACUCUCCUCCUCACCAUCCAGCCAGAAGAACGAGCCUGAGAUUGUUGUCUCCGACGGAGAAAGCGAAUCGGAACCCGAAUCCGAGACCUCUGGUGUAUUGAUAAAUCCAGCCCCCGACGGAGGCACCGGCGCGGGGAUGCGAAACUCGCCCCUCAUCGUGGCGCCGGACGAAGGCGAGGUCUCGUACGACGAGGAUACGGUGAGCAUCUCUAGCUCUCCACUCCUACGGGGCAAGCCGCGGGCCUCGUCGGUCACCUUUAGCGAGACCCUCCCGAUCCCCUCAAUCGAAGAGGACGAAGGCGAGGAUGAAGAGGAUGAGGACGACGACGAGGACUUGCGUCCCAGCACCCCAUUCACGGAAUCGUUCCUGGAAGACGUGGACGUAGAGGAGUCGCCUAGCGUUGCCGGAACCCCGAGCAAGCGUCGGACGGCGGCGGACGAUCAGCUCCAGCAGCAGAUUAGUGAUAUCCUCGACAGCAUCCCCGCCAAGUUUACGCUCAACUCGGAGCCUUCGCCGGUCAACCUCAACCCGCCCGACUUCAAGAUGCCGCGGAUGAAGAAAACGGCGACGACGCGAGAUCCCUCCGAGACUCGCUGCGGAAACCCGCGGCCGCGGCAGAAGAGCACGCAGCAGGACAUCAAGGUGUAUCACCUCUCGCGCGCGACGGGCGAGGCCCCGAUCAAGCUCUUUAUCCGGUGCGUGGGCGAGAACGGCGAGCGCGUCAUGGUACGGGUGGGCGGUGGCUGGGCGGAUCUCGGCGAGUACCUCAAGGAGUACGCCUCGCACCACGGGCGGAGGUCCAAGGCCGCCAACAACGACAAGAUCGAGAUCCGGGACGCUCCCCGGGCCGGCUCGGCCAGCAGGAGCAUGAUUGGGUCCAGCCCGCCGAGCCGGCCGGCGUCGGCCAUGGAGUACUCGCCGCUGACACCGCUGCACGUGAAAAAGACUAGAAAGAGCUUUGGAGCGGCCAGCGACACGGCGGCGUCGGUCGCGCGCCGCCCGCCUCUCCCGCACACUCCGCUCCCCGCGGCGAUAUCGGGGCCGUCCUCGCGGCUCAGCUGGGGCGAGGCGGAUAGCCCGAUGCUGGGGCUCGCGGGGCCGACGAGCAGACCGGUGGAGAUGAGCGACGAGAGCCGGGCGUGGGUGGAGAGCGUCAAGGAAAAGGUGCGCAUCGCGAGCGGCGAGCGAAAGGCGUCGGCCGGGCUCGAAGGGCGCGAGAAGCUCUUUGGGGAGAUGGGUAAGGUGGGCGGGACGAAGCGGUUGUUCCGGAAGGGCCAGAACGGCUAG